AUGGUCGAGCCCCUCGGAGCUUCCUUUGCUGCAAACAUCAUGUCAGGCCAAACGAGCAGCCCCUCCGCUUCCUUGCCUGGCAAGGCCGGCGCCAUUACCACCAACGCCACCGCAACGACGCCAGGCAAGGCCAAAAAGCAGGCACAGGCGCAGAGGACAAGGCUUGUCGCUCUCUCGAAACACCUCAUGACCCGCUUGCAGUAUGCCACCUUCAAGGUCGAGCAUGGCUGGGCCAAGCAGUCGCUGUCGGAAGUCGAGAACCUCUACUAUCACCAGAGCCAGGGCAGCAGUCGGGAAGGCCCAAAGAGCAGCGGGCCGUCGCCAUCCUCGACGGGGGCAGCCGCCGACGGUCCAGCCACGCCGAGCGUCGCCUCGUCCAGCUCAAUCUCGUCGCGGCUGUUCAAGGAGGCGGCCGCACUCAAGAGACCGGAGUCGGACGGCGGCGACGUCUUCGGUGGCUACGGCCUCGCCACGCCACCUGCAUCGGCCGGCACACAGCCAGGCUCGUAUCUCGGCGGCGGAAGCGGCAAGGCGAGCGGGGCUCAAGGUCGAGCGCCGUCCUACACGUCCGUCUCGCCGCCUGGCACGCGCGCACCAGCGCUGGGAGAAGGCUACAGCUCGAAGCGGCCAUCACCGCGCGGCUCAGCACCUGGAAGCGCAUCUCGACCGUCAGCAACGACGGCAUCGAGGUCCACAGCAUCGUCGUCUUCUGCGGCUGCGGCGACGUCCUCGGCCGGCGCAUCGCCUGCCAAUCCCAACGGCGCCACCAGCUACGCGGACUUUUGGAGCCGCGUCGGUUCGUCGUCGAGCCUGUCCCGGACCGGCGGCACCCCUCACCAAUCGGAGCAGGGACAUCGGGGAUCGGUCGGCCCGACGAAGCGCGCAGCCGAUACAUCGCCGGGUGCUCUCGAGCCUUUGGGCCGAGGAUCAUCGACGGCGACGGCGGCGACAGGCAGCUACGAGGCGAGCGGCGGCAGUCCGCUGAAGCGCGUGCGCAUGGAUCUCUCGCCUACCAAGACUGACGGAACCAGCGGCGGCUCGCCCCUCUUGGAUCGAGGCCCGAGCUUCGCCGCUAGGGGCAAGGCUUCGACGCAGGUCGCCUCAGGAGGGUCGCCAGCUGCAGUGGCGACACUGCCGCGGCUAUCAAGAAGCGGUAGCCCGACCCCGAGCUCGAGAUCGUGA